AUGAGUCACCAAAAAGAUAUGAAAGAGGCUCCGCUGCAAGACGAUGACGCUCAGCUGGCCGCGAUGGGCCAUAAGGCGGAGUUAAAACGUCAAUAUUCCAUGUGGUAUGAUCGGCGCCAGGAUAGUCCAAACCUACGAUAUACUCACCCGCAGUUUAGGUCAAUGCUGGGGCUGGCUUUCGCCGUGCUUAACUCGUGGACUGCCCUGUCAGCAAGUCUAUCGAUUAGUUUAACGUCCGGGGGAAGUACCAGUGUGAUUUGGGGUUUGGUCACCGCCGGCUUUUGCAACUUGUGCAUUGCCUCGUCACUUGCAGAGUUUCUUUCGGCUUACCCAACGGCCGGGGGACAAUAUCACUGGGUGGCAGCUAUCGCUUGGCCAAAAUGGGUUCCCAUUCUGUCCUGGGUUACAGGGUGGAUCAAUGUAGCUGGAUGGGUUGCUCUAGUCGCUACAAACUCUCUCCUUUCCAGUCAACUUAUUGUGGGCUGCAUCUCAGCUAUGCACCCGAGCUAUGUGGCUCAAAGAUGGCACCAGUUUCUGAUUUAUAUCGGCCUAACCAUGGGAGCAUUUGUGAUCAAUGCUUUCAUGAAUUCUAUUCUGCCAUGGAUCUACCGCGGUGCCUUUACGUGGUCCAUCGGUGGAUUCGCGAUCGUGUCUAUCACCGUCCUCGCCUGCGCGUCGCCUGAUUUCAACUCAGCCUACUUCGUGUUCUGCGAUUUUGUGAACACCACUGGAUGGCCUGAUGGUGUCGCCUGGUUACUUGGCCUGCUCCAAGGAGGUCUUGGUGUCACCGCUUUUGACGCGGUUGCCCACAUGAUUGAGGAGGUCCCAAAUGCAUCGGUUGAGGGGCCCAAGAUCAUGGUGUCAUGUGUGGGCAUCGGUACCUUUACUGGCUGGGUCUUCUUGGUUGUUCUUCUAUUCGUUGCUGGAAAUAUGGAACAGGUGACCACCUCGGCAGCUGGCCCUCUUCUACAAAUUUUCAUUGAUGCGACGAAGAACAAGGCCGGUGCGAUAUGCUUAUUGAUGCUGCCUCUUGUCUGUUUGAUCCUAGCCAUUCUGAGUGUAAUGACCACCAGUAGUCGAAUGAUCUUCGCUUUUGCACGUGAUGGAGGUCUUCCCGCAUCUCGAUUCUUUGCAACUGUCCACCCUAAACUCAAGCUUCCUCUCAACGCGCUCAUGUUGACCGUCGCUGUAGUGAUCAUCUUCGGUUGCAUUUUCCUCGGUUCUACAAGUGCUUUCAAUGCUAUCAUCUCUGCCGCCGUUGUGGCUCUGGACCUCUCCUACGCCAUGCCUAUUCUCGUCAAUUGCUUGCAAGGACGUCGGGCUCUUCCAGAGCGAAAAUGGAAGCUGCCCAACGCUGUUGGCUGGUUUUUUGACAUUGUAUCGCUCGCCUAUAUCGCUCUGACAACUGUCCUCUUCGUUUUCCCUCCGUCAAGCACUGUUACUGGAAGCAGCAUGAACUACGCCAUUGCUGCCUUUGCCAUCAUUAUUAGCAUCUCCGCCUUCCAGUGGGUUGUGGAUGGCCGUAAGAACUUUACCGGCCCUCGAGUGGAUCUCACGAUUGAUUCCCUGCACGCUGUACAUACAACCGAGGAUCCAGAGCCAACAGUGCACGAGAAGUAG